AUGAAAAGAUUAACUUCAUACUUGAAACAACCAUUAACAGAAAGUGUUACAAAACUGAAAGUAUUGCCGAAAGGAAUGGAAGUGGAUAACAAGAGACGAACUUUAAAAGCAUUAAGCACAAAAGAAGUCAAAGAAUCAGAGAAGAGAAAAUUAUGCGAACAACUUUCACAUGUUGUGUAUACAUUUGACAUACUUUUGGCCUUCAUAAUGCCACGGCCGCUUUUUUUUUCGAGAGCUUUUUAUUGGCAUUCAACAACAAGGUGA